AUGGAAGAGCCCCUCAGCUCUGGCUGUGCUCACUCCUUGCCAGAUGCAGCCCUCGACUGCACACAAGAGCAGGAAUCCACCCGUGGCCGCUUCCGCAGAGCAGCGCAGCUCGUUUGCAAAUUUAUCAAGAGCAUUCGGCAGGAAGAGACCAUCUCCAGGGGCACUGGGCUCAGAGAAUACUCAGAGGUCCUCAAACAUGAGACCAGUGCUGCCCUGCUGGAUUUGCUUGUGGAGAGGGGUGUUUUCAGACCAGAGCAAGUGCCUGCCAUGGUGAGAUACAUCCACCAGUGGCUCACGGCCAAUGAUUCUGCUGAGCACAGGCUGGACAACACCCUGCUGCAUCUCACCAAAGUGCAGCCAAAUGACGCAGUAAUGACACUCCUGCGUGUGGCCCCAUCCUGUGACAGAUUUGCAGUGCGGACCCUGAAGUCCCUGCUGUGCCAAAAGCAGUACAAGGAUGUGGUGGUGUCAAUGGAACGCAGGUGUGGCUGGGACACGCUGCUCUGUGCUGACACCCACCACUAUGCCGUCCUCGAGUGCCUAGAUUCAAGUGAAUGUGGUGACAGUGUUGUGGAGGUUUCAUCAAGGUACCUGCAGAGCGAGUGCAGGGAGAGGCGUCGCCUGGCGCUCAGGGCCCUUCUCGAGCUCAUUGACGAUCCCUCGAUGGCUGAAAAGAUGUGGCGCCUGACUGAAAGCCUCAUGGACCUACUGUGGGACAGUGAUGCAGAGAUAGCUGGGCUGACACUCAUCACACUCAGCUUUAUAUUCUUGCACAAAUCCAUUCUGAUCUCAACUCCCAUUGCCCUGCAGCUGGCUAAGGUGCUCCUGCCACUCUUUGACCAUGAAAAUAGCCAGGUACAGCUGCUCUCCAUAAAACUCUUUCAAGACAUGAUGGGGUUUUUGGAAAAGGGAGAAAAGCCCUUGGAAAGGCCUGUGCACCAGAGCCUGCUGCCACUCUUCUUCCACUGCCAUGAUGAGAAUCAGCGUGUGGCAGAGGCUUCUCGGGAAACGCUGAUUUGUGUGGCCGAGUUUCUGAGAAGGAGAGAUCUCGAGAAACUGGUGAAAAAGGAGAAACUCUGGAUUUUCGCCAACUGCCUGCUGGCAGAGGACAGGAGCCGAGCGGCCGAGCACCUGCGCCGGGCCCUGCCCUACCUGCAGAGCCCACAGGAGCCCCUGCGAGAGGCGGCCGUCAGGUUCAUGGGGAUGGCCGGGCGCAGCUUGAGGGGGCAGCAGGGAGAGCUCCAGCUGAUCUCUGAGGCCCUUGAAGGAAUGGCUAAUGACAUCAGCGUCAGCGUUGGAAGCCUGGCAAUUCAGUCAUUGUGCAUACUGAAGGCAGAAGACCAGGCUCCCAUCCCAAUGUUCCAGAGGCUGCGAGAUCAGCUGCGCCGGGCAUGGAAGACACGACCUCGUCUGUCGCGGCUCGGCUGUCUGGGCUGCUGGGGCUCUGUGGAGGGCUGAUCCAGGAGGCUGUCUUUGCUGGGGCCUCCUGAGCCAGCAGGGAUUUUUUUUUCUUCAAAAUUGCUCUUUCCUUCGUUGUGUUUUCCUUUAGUAUGUAAAUAUAGGCUGUAUUAUAAU